CAAGAUGACAGAGUAUUAAUGCCUGAGGUCACCAAUCAGCGACCUGCAGUCCUCCCGGUAACAUCACGGUCCGAACCCAAAGUGUUUCUGGCGUCAUCCUCUCUCCCUGAUCCUUGCCAACUCCCAUGUAGGAGCCAUUCUUACUGGUGCUGCUGGCUUCACUGAGACGCCGGGAGGCAGAUGACUGACGUGUCCCAUGGAUGGUGGCAAGAGUCUGCCCAGUCCUCACCAAGGGAACUUAAGGAAGAUGAAGUUUGGAUGCCUCUCCUUCCGUCAGCCUUUUGCUGGUUUUAUCUUAAAUGGAGUCAAGACCCUGGAGACGCGCUGGCGACCCCUGCUGAGUAGCCACCAGAACUGUACCAUCGCCAUCCACAUUGCUCACAGGGACUGGGAAGAUGAGUUGGGGGAGCUGCUGGUGGAGAGGCUGGGGAUGACCCCCGUGCAGAUUCAGGCCUUGCUCCAUGAAGGGGAAAAGUUUGGCCGAGGUGUGAUAGCUGGGCUCAUUGACAUCGGGGAAACUUUGCAGUGCCCGGAGAACUUAGCUCCUGGUGAGGUUGAGGAACUGGAAAAUCAAGCUGUACUGGGCAACCUGGAGCAGAAGUACCUGACUGUGAUCUCAAACCCCAGGUGGUUACUGGAGCCCUUACCUAGGAAAGGGGGGAGGGAUAUAUUUGAGGUGGACAUCCCAGCGCACCUGAUCCCUCUGGGGCACUAGGUGUGACUGGUGUGGUCCCUGGAGGGGAACAUGGCUAACAUACCAACUAAAUCAUGGAACCAGUGGUUCACUGUCAUGGCGCAGAUCUGUAAAUAUCAGGGUCACUCUGAAUUGCUGCUGCCUUACAGAGCACCAUUCAGUAAGCGCUAUUCACGGACAUCAGGAAGGGCAGGGGGGCCAGGAAUUUCCUUUGCCUUUCCUCUUGGACUCCUUGACAGUAUCUCAAGUACAAGUGAUCUCUAGGGAAAAGGUAUUCCCACUGACUUUGUUCCUGCUGCUUUCUCCAUUCUACAAAUAAAUGUACUGAUAAUCACUGGUUAGUGUGGGGUGCUCCCUUACG